GUGAUUGCGAAAAUCUGCAAUGCCGCACAGCUUCAAGAGACCUCCAGGAGGUCCGAUGCCGGUCGGCAGGAAACUACAUUUUACCGUGGACGACCUGCCGAUGCUCCGACGGUAUUCGAAAAUGCUCUGUGAUUUCCUCGGAGAGUUCCAGUGGCUCAUCGACGCCUUCGUUUUGGAUUUCUUCCUCAAGAAUCACUGGGAACUGGUCCCGGAAACGUGGACGACUGUCCUCGAACAUAUCUCGAUCCCUCAGAUCGCCGAUUUCCUCAACGGGAGACCUCGUUUCCGGAAAGUCUCGCCCUUGUCAUUCCUCUGCUUCCUGAAGCUAUGCAAAACUCUUCCUCUCAGUCGACAGUCUAUAUUCGUUGCGGAACCUGUAGAAAUGGACAACUACGCCUUCGAAGACACGAAAUACCCCCUGACCAGCGCCUUCAAGCGUCACAUGAAGGGCAAGAAACGUCACGAAAUCGGUCGUCUAGCGAAAAUGGCCACCGGUUUGUUCGAGAACGCCCGGGUCCGGCACGUACUCGACGUCGGCGGCGGUCAGGGCCAUCUCUCCCGCCUGCUCUGUUUCGGUUACGGGAUGCAGGUGGCCACCCUGGAUGCGGAAGGGAUAUUGGUCGAGAAGGCGCAGGUGUUCGACAACAAAGUCACUCGAGAUUUCGGCAGGCUCAAGUAUCGCGAGAAAGUUGUGAAAGACGUUUUCCGACCGCCGGUGCAUCUCGAAAGACUUAUCGGAGUGUCGACGGCGGCCGAGGACGUCGAAUACGUGACCAAACACGCUUGGGAAGACACCGACAUCAAUUUUGGUUUGAUAGGAUUGCACACCUGCGGAGAUCUGGGUCCGACGAUGUUCCGCCUCUUCGCCGAAAGCUCACAAGUCAAAGCCUUGGUGUCUGUCGGUUGCUGUUAUCACAAAAUGCAUCAUCUGUAUCCGUUGAGCGCUGCUUUGUCCUCGCAGACACUCAGCUACGAGGCCAAAGAGGUAGCUUGUCACUCCAUUGAAAUCUACGUUACGAAACUUCUCGAGGAGAGUUUGUUCAAAGGCCAGAUCCACUCCUUCAGAGCCGCACUCGAAGUUCUAAUUGAUAGACACCAUCCCGAACUGAAGCACACCUCAUUGUCGACGGUGAAGUUCGUCGAAGGGAUGACUUUCGAAGACUACGCACCCAGAGCCUUGAAGAGAGUUCAGCACAAUAUCCCGGUGGAAUUAUUUUCGUCUCAGGAAAUCAGGGACUAUCUCAGUCAAUGGAUGCGAGUGGCGACGUUUUUCGCUCUGCGGCUCUGCAUAGCCCCAACCAUAGAGAGCAUUCUGCACAUGGAUCGGGUUAUGUAUUUGCUCGAAGCCGGACAUGAAGUGGAUUACAUUCCGCUAUUCGAACCCACCGUAUCACCUCGAUGUCACGUCAUCGCUGCGACCAAGAGGAAGAUCUGA